AUGCCGGCAUCUUUGGAGCAGAUCGUCAAGGGUGCUCCGAUGCCCGAAGCUGCUCCCACAUAUUCAUCACCUCGUCGCUCUUCAUCGCCACCAAAUCCCCCAACUUCAGACCCACUGGCUUCACUACCUUCGUCUCCGCCCCAAAUUUACUUGAAUCUCUUAAUCCUUGAAGCUUCGCUACGGUCGCAGUACCUAGCGCUCCGCGAACGCCGCCGCCAAAACACGUUCUUCCUAGUGCUUCUCGCAGCUUGGAUUGCCUACUUUGCAUAUGCUCUCUUUCUCCGUCCUCGAGAGGAUGGCCGAGGUGUUGGUGGUUCAGUAUAUUGGGUCGUGGAGAUGGGAGAAAAGGUAGCUCUGCUUGGUGGGGUUGUGACGGCAUUGCUGGUCUGGGGGACGGGACAGUGGGAGCGUGGAAUCCGUUGGCCCCGGCGCUGGCUGGCACUCGCCAAUCGCGGCCUGCGCACUAUGAAUACCAAGAUCAUCGUGAUCCGGGGGCCCUGGUGGAGGGAGCUGUUAUCCUACCUGUCCUUCUUGUUCCCAUUUUACCUACCCUUCUUCCCCUCCCCUACAGGAAACUUCCACUUCGUCGAGCGUCACCCGUCUGAGAAGCGUUCGGGUCAUCGUCAGCAUUACCAACAGUAUCACAACAGUGGUGGUAUGGAAUCAGGUCUGAUUGAAGAAGACCUUAGUUGCGGCGGCGACUACAUCCGCUUGCUGCUACUUCCCAAAUCCUUCUCAUCUGGGUUUCGUGAAAACUGGGAUGACUACCGUACCGAUUUUUGGGAGAAAGAGAACGAGCGUCGAACUCAGCUACGUCAAAAGAUUCGCGAGCGCGAACGCCAUAUCGCCCAGACAGAAGGCGGCUGGCUUUGGCGUCUUGGCUUGUGGCGCUCUUCACAGCGUCACCGCAUUAUGGCAGCGAAUUUGCACCGAUCCCAUGAUUCAGAGCCAAAACUCCGGUCCCAUCUCCAUCAACCAUCCAUCUCCUCUAGGCCAAGCCAAGAGCUUCGACCAUCUUCUGCCCGCCGUGGCACCCGCUCUGAAUCAUCUCACUCCCGAACUUCAUCUCGCAGUUCAACUCCCAUGGACAAUGAUGACCGACCACCCUCCCGCUCCUCUACCACAGGUCGUCCCCGACGUGGCAGCCUUACUCCCUCUGUUUCGGGUCAAGAAUCAAGCCCUCAACGAAAAAGAAAGGGCUCCAAGAGUCUGCGUCGUGGUUUGUCACCUCUGGCACCAUCUUCAAUCCGUGAAGGUGUAAGGACAUCGUCUUUUUCAUCUGAUGAUUCUGGUGUUUUGCCUAUGACUGAGAUGACCGGGAGAGAAAAUGACAACACACCUGCACCUGUACUCGAGCCAGGUCCUGCUGUUUAG